AUGACGACUAGUACCGUAGGUCUAAUCGACAACUGGUAUCCUCCCACAAGGGAGACUUACGAUCUCAUUCUCUCCUUAUGGAAGUGGUUCCCCGUGGCCGCCUCCCUUCAAUGGGGUGUCUCCUGGUACGGGAUGGGCAAGACAUCAGUCACCAGCCGCCUUAACCUGCCCGGCCGAAUUGGCUGGCUCACCAUGGAAGCACCUGGCUUCAUGACCCUGGUGUACAUGAUGCGCACCCUCCCCGCCCAACAUGGCUUCACCCUCAGCGACCUGCCCUGGCAAAACAAGGUGCUCGCCGGCCUCUUUGUAUUUCACUAUUCCUAUCGCGCCCUCGCCUUUCCUUUUCUGCAGCCCAGCAUGGCGCCCAUACACAUCGCCAUCUGGCUCUCUGCGCUUAGCUUCCAGAUUAUCAACGGAACGUUGAUCGGUGCUUGGCUCGCCGCCUACGGUCCCACGACUCACGCGGCGUGGGACAGGCAGCUCUUUAGCUCGUUCCCCACGCUGCAAUUUACUUGCGGAAUUGCGCUGUUUUACGUCGGUCUGAUGGCGAACUUCUACCACGAUGACGAGCUGCGGGAGAUCAGACGCCGGGAAAACCGCAGGCAGGAAAGGCUGGCAAAGCAGAAUGGGCAAAAGGGACAGCCGGGGAAGAAGGUAGAGAAGCACUACGAGAUCCCCAAGGCGGGACUGUUCAAGGUGAUGCUUUACCCGCACUACUUUUGCGAAUGGGUUGAGUGGCUUGGGUUUUACAUGGCGGCUGGCUGGGGAUGUCUGCCGGCGAGGUGUUUUUUGCUGAACGAGGUGGCGGCCAUGUUGCCGAGGGCGGUGAAGGGGAAGCAGUGGUAUAUGGAGAAGUUUGGGGAGGAGAAGAUUAGCAAGAAGUGGGCGGUUAUUCCGGGGGUUUGUACGUGUGAUUCCAUUCUGACCGAUAUUCGCAGACCACAUCAGAGAGAGAUCAUCGAGGCUGCCCUCGACGGUCAUGAUGUUUUCGUCCAGGCUGCCACCUCCUUCGGCAAGAGUCUAUGCUUCCAACUGCCAGCAGUUAUAGACCGUGGAAUCACCAUCGUGAUCUCUCCAUUACUGAGUCUCAUGAUGAACCAAGUCGAAGCCCUCAAGGCAUCAGAUGUGGACGCUCGUACUCUGAACAGCAACACUACCCUGCCAGAGCGAGACUACAUCUACGCUGAUCUCGCAACUGGGCAUCCCCUCAUGCGGCUCCUCUAUGUGACUCCCGAGCUGUGUUCGGGCGACCACUUCCGGCGGAAACUGAAACUGGUCUACGAACAGCACGAGCUGGCGCGUAUCGUGGUUGACGAAGCCCAUUGCAUCUCAGAAUGGGGCCACGACUUCCGCAAAGACUUCAAACGGCUCUCCUGGUUCCGCGAAACCUUUCCCGAUGUACCAGUCAUGUGUCUCACCGCCACAGCCAACGAGCAAGUCCGUCACGAUGUGCUUACCACGCUAGGGCUGGACAAGACGCCCGGCAAACUCAAGAUCUUCAGCAUGACAGCCCACCGACCGAACCUGCACCUCGAAGUGCGUUUCACCAGCGACGAAGCCAACGACCGCUACGACGACUUUGUCACCUGGCUCAAGGGCGUGUACGACCGUCGAGCGGCCGCGGAUCGAAAAGCCGAGCUAGACGCCACCGGCGAGCGCGUCGAGAACGUACCGGGGAUUAUCUACACCAUCUCCCGCGACGAAGUCGAGUCGCUCGCGGCCGCCUUACGACACGACGGUAUCGGCGCGCGGCCCUUCCACGCGAAACUGCCGAACCAGGUGAAGGAGGAGACGUUGGCCAAGUGGAUUGCCAACGAUCCGGGGUACGAUGUCAUCGUGGCUACGACGGCCUUCGGCAUGGGAAUCGACAAGGAGAACGUGCGGUUCGUCGUACACUGGCGGCUGCCCAAGUCGUUUGAGGGCUAUUACCAAGAGGCCGGGCGGGCGGGUCGUGAUGGGAAUGCGAGUUAUUGUUUUCUUUACUAUAGCCGUGAGGACCGGGAUAGGGUUUGUAACUUGGUCAUGAGGGAGCCAGUGUCGAAAAACGCGUCCGCGGAUGGCAUCAUUAAUAAACAGGCGAGGCAGAUGAGUCUUGGUAGGCUGGUGGCGUAUUGUGAGGAUACCGGUUCUUGUCGGCAUGCGGCGAUUUGCAGGUAUUUUGGGGAGACGCAAGUGCCUGCGUGCGAUUACGCGUGUGACUGGCAUAAGGACCCGCAGGGACUGAAGAGGAGGAUGGCGAGGGGGUUGGCGAGUGAGGAAUGGGUUAGUACUCAACGGGAAGAGGGCAUGUACGAUGAAUAUUGGAGUGAGUAG